GGCCGCCGCAGGCAUGCUGGGAGCUCGCCCGCCGUGUCCCUCCGCGCCGACGGGGACUUUUCGGUGGGGAUUUUGGGCGCCGACCAGACGCGGCAUUUUCGGAAAAUAGCGCCCUGUGCAGCGAAGCGCUCUGUGUGUGGCGGGGCCGCGUCAGCCCUGCCGGCUCCGAGGCGCCGCGGUCCCCGCACCUCCUCCCGCUGCUCCCCCGCCGCCGCUCCCGAAGCUUUUCCAGAUGUCCCUGGUAGACUUGGGGAAGAAGCUUUUAGAAGCGGCACGAGCAGGUCAAGAUGACGAAGUUCGUAUUUUGAUGGCAAAUGGAGCUCCUUUUACUACAGACUGGCUGGGAACUUCUCCACUUCAUCUGGCCGCACAGUAUGGGCAUUACUCUACCACAGAGGUACUUCUCCGAGCCGGCGUAAGUAGGGAUGCCAGGACCAAAGUGGACCGGACGCCACUGCACAUGGCGGCCUCUGAGGGCCAUGCCAGCAUAGUAGAGGUUUUGCUGAAGCAUGGUGCUGACGUCAAUGCAAAGGAUAUGUUAAAGAUGACAGCUCUGCAUUGGGCAACAGAACACAAUCAUCAAGAGGUGGUGGAACUUUUAAUCAAAUAUGGUGCUGAUGUCCACACGCAGAGUAAAUUUUGUAAAACUGCAUUUGAUAUUUCAAUAGACAAUGGAAAUGAAGAUUUAGCAGAGAUAUUACAGAUUGCUAUGCAGAACCAAAUCAACACCAACCCGGAGAGUCCUGACACUGUGACAAUACACACUGCCACACCACAGUUCAUCAUUGGACCUGGAGGGGUGGUGAACCUAACAGAUGAAACAGGAGUAUCUGCUGUCCAGUUUGGGAACUCCUCGACAUCAGUAUUAGCUACAUUAGCUGCCUUAGCUGAAGCAUCUGCUCCAUUGUCCAACUCUUCAGAAACUCCAGUAGUGGCCACAGAGGAAGUGGUUACCGCAGAAUCUGUGGAUGGUGCAAUUCAGCAAGUAGUUAGCUCAGGGGGUCAGCAAGUCAUCACGAUAGUUACAGAUGGAAUCCAGCUGGGAAACUUGCACUCCAUUCCAACCAGUGGGAUGGGCCAGCCCAUCAUUGUGACCAUGCCUGACGGACAGCAAGUAUUGACAGUACCAGCGACAGACAUUGCUGAAGAAACUGUAAUCAGUGAGGAACCACCAGCUAAGAGACAGUGUAUGGAAAUAAUUGAGAACCGGGUGGAAUCUGCAGAAAUUGAAGAGAGAGAAGCUCUUCAGAAACAGCUAGACGAGGCGAACCGGGAGGCGCAGAAGUACCGCCAGCAGCUGCUGAAGAAGGAGCAGGAGGCGGAGGCCUACAGGCAGAAGCUGGAGGCCAUGACGCGCCUCCAGACCAACAAGGAAGCCGUCUAGCCACCGUGAACACCAGUUUGAUUUUACCUUUUGUCCAGAAAGAAUGCAGUCUUGAACUGUACACAGUAAGGACACAGCUAUGGGAAUACCGGAUAAGAGAAAAUACUACGCAUUGAUAAUGGGACUUAAGCCAUGAGCUCUGAAUUCUUGUAAUAUAAAACUUUAGAACUUGUGAGAUGUAUUUAAAACUGAAUUCUGUAAAUAGUUUUUGGUUGUUUCUUUUUUUACAGUUACAAAUGAGUUGAUAAAGAUUGUUGAGGAGAUCCAAAAACCACAGUAAGGCACUGUUACAGGCAAUUCUUCUUGAUUUGGGUACAGACUUCAAUUCUCAGAAACAGAAGUUUUAAGGGUGGUUGUUGUUGGUUAGACCAAAUGUGUAAUAAUUAUGGUGGACUGAUGCUGGAAAUAACUCUUUGAAGAGAUUUCUCCCAGGAACUUUUGUACAGCUUUUAAGUUGUCUCAGGUUCUCUGAAAACAUUUUUUAGGAAGCAGAAAUUUUAUAUUUGUUCAAUUUCAGCUACAUGCAAGUAGAUUUACAUGUAUAUGAAGCAAAUAUUUUUAAAAUUUUGUUUGUACAUAUUCUGCAUGUUUUAUGAUUUUAAAAAUGCAUCACUUGCUUAGAUAUGUUUCCCACAAAGACGAUGAAAGUUACCAAGAAAUAAAAAAGGCACUACUGUUGUUCUGUUGGUCACUGAAAGUAAGUAAGCUAGCAACUGGUUUUACUGGCAACCAUGACAACGUUCUUGGAAGGAGCAGCUUGCAAGAGAACUUGAAUCUGCAAAAUCUAUGCUUUUUUGAAAAUUCCAUUGUGGGGACGUGAGACUGUAUUCUGUGCCUUCCAUCAUGAUUUCCACAUGAGCACUUUGAGGCGCUGGAUUUUAAGAUAAUGUUUUUGGCAAACUCAGUGCAUUUGGGUUUCUGAAAUAUUUCAUGGACUUAACCACUCCUCUCCCCACCCCCCACCCCCCGCCCAAGAAAUUAUUCUUAUGGAAAAUUGCUUUUGUAUGUAGAACAGGAACUUUUUGUACUCAGUGAUGCUAUAGAUACGUCUAAUGUAACUUUCGCUAUUCCCUGGGGAAGCUCCAGGUCUAUGUUGCAGCUCGGUCUCAUCACAAUGUUGUCCAUUCUACAGUGUGUGGACAUUUGACAGACUUCCAUUCUGUUUUGUAAAAUGUAACUUCAGGCUCUUUGUUUUUUUGUUUUAUUGCUUUACGAAAAUGUUUAACCCCAAAACUACUCUAGAUUAUCUGUAUAAAGAACCAAUUACCUUCAAGACUGUACUCUGGCCUCUUUUUCUAUUUUACAAUUAAAUAACUUUCCACAUA